UUUUUGUUUUUAUUGAAUAAUUUAAUGAAUAUCUAUCUAUGUAAUAAUAAUAUUAUUAUUUUAUUGAACACAUAUACCUUAAUGGAUUUUAUUGUUUGAAUUUUUGGAUAAUUAUUACAGUAGAAAUAUUUUACGAUGUAAGAUGUCCCAGCACGGUGCUGCGUUACAAACAUAUAAUCAAGAAUUAGUAAAAUUUUUUCUGAAACUUUUUCAAGGUUUAGAAGAAAUGAAAUUGAAGAGAGCAGAACUGCAAUCUCAAAUUGAAUCACAGGAAGAAGAAAAGAAUAAUUUACAAAGGGAGAUAGAAAAAAUGUCACAUAAACUUACACGAUUGAAUGAUAGCCUUGCUAAAAGGGUAGCAGUUAGAAACGAAUAUGACAGAACUAUUGCAGAAACUGAAACAGCAUAUAUGAAAAUUUUAGAAAGUUCGCAGUUAUUACUAAAUAUGAUUAAAAGAGAAGCCACAAAUUUAGAUCAAUCAUUGGUGAAGGCCAGUAUGGAUAAACAACAAUUUAGACAAUGAUCUCAAUUAAUUAACAAAAAUAUUUUUAGAAAUUUUUGUAUAAUGUAUUUGUUAAAACAUAUACAUUAUAAUAUGUCUAUUAAAGAAAUCGAUCUAACGAUUUGUAACUAGUACAAAAUUGUAAUUAUUUUCUAUAAGAUGAUGAUAGACUAAUUUUGUAAUU